CGUGACAUGGAGGCGGGGACGGGAAGGGAAAGGUCAGUGGCGACGCCGGCGGAGGGGGAGCGGAAGGUCAGGGCGCCGCGGAGCGGAAGUAGGAGCCGGAGCCCGUCCGCCAUUGUGGGGAAGCGGAGCCCAGAGCAGGGGGGGAAGCGGCGCUGCGUCCGGCCGGCCGGCUCCUUCCAGCGGGAACUCGAUCGGCGGCGGCGGCAGCGAGCCCAGGCGGCGGCGACAAUCAGGCGGCGGGGAGGAGGCGGCGGAGGCGAGCGGCGCGGCGGGCGGGCGGGCGAGCGGCCCCGGCGUGCGGAAUCACUCGAGGCCCAGGCGUAGCGGAGCGAGGGGAUCGCGGCUCCCCGUGAAUAAUGUCAGCCACCAGCGUCGACCAGAGACCUAAAGGACAGGGAAAUAAAGUUUCAGUACAAAACGGUUCGAUUCAUCAAAAGGAUGCAGUAAAUGAUGAUGAUUUUGAGCCAUAUCUAAGUAGUCAGACAAAUCAGAGUAACAGCUAUCCACCAAUGUCAGACCCAUAUAUGCCUAGUUAUUAUGCUCCAUCCAUUGGAUUUCCAUACUCUUUAGGCGAAGCAGCAUGGUCAACUGCAGGUGACCCUCCAAUGCCAUACUUGACAACUUAUGGACAGAUGAGUAAUGGCGAACACCAUUACAUACCUGAUGGUGUAUUUAGUCAACCUGGGGCAUUAGGAAAUACCCCUCCAUUUCUUGGGCAGCACGGAUUUAAUUUUUUUCCUGGGAAUGCAGACUUCUCUACAUGGGGGACAAGUGGAUCUCAGGGACAAUCAACACAAAGCUCUGCUUACAGCAGCAGCUAUGGCUAUCCACCUAGUUCUCUUGGGAGAGCCAUAGCAGAUGGACAGGCUGGAUUUGGCAGUGAUACUCUGAGCAAGGUGCCUGGUAUUAGCAGCAUUGAACAAGGCAUGACUGGACUGAAAAUUGGUGGAGAUAUGACGGCUGCUGUAACAAAAACUGUAGGUUCAGCUCUGAGCAGUACAGGUAUGACAAGCAUUGCAGCAAACAGCGUGCCCCCAGUUAGCAGUUCAGCACCUAAACCAACCUCAUGGGCUGCCAUUGCAAGGAAGCCUGCUAAACCUCAGCCGAAACUCAAGCCUAAAGGUAAUGUGGGCAUUGGGGGCCCUGCUGUACCACCACCACCUAUAAAACAUAACAUGAAUAUUGGAACUUGGGAUGACAAAGGGUCAGUGGUAAAAGCACCCCCAGCCCAACCAGUACUGCCUCCUCAGACUAUAAUCCAGCAGCCUCAGCCAUUAAUUCAACCACCACCACUGGUGCAAAGCCAACUGCCUCAACAGCAGCCUCAGCCACAGCAACCACAACAGCAACAAGGACCUCAGCAGCAGGCCCAGCCUCACCAGUUGCAGCAGCAACAGCUGCAAAACCGCUGGGUAGCUCCUCGUAAUAGGGGUGUGGGCUUCAGCCAGAACAACGGAGCUGGUAGUGAGAACUUUGGUUUAGGUGUUGUAUCCGUCAGCUCCUCACCUUCUGGUGUGGAAGCGCACCCAGUGCUGGAGAAACUAAAGGCCAUAAACAACUACAAUCCCAAAGACUUCGAUUGGAAUCUGAAGAAUGGACGUGUGUUUAUAAUCAAAAGUUAUUCAGAGGACGAUAUUCAUCGCUCCAUUAAGUACUCUAUCUGGUGUAGUACUGAACAUGGUAAUAAGCGCUUGGAUGCUGCUUACCGGUCCCUGAAUGGAAAAGGCCCACUGUAUUUACUCUUCAGUGUGAAUGGCAGUGGACACUUCUGUGGAGUGGCUGAGAUGAAGUCUGUUGUGGACUACAAUGCAUAUGCUGGUGUCUGGUCUCAGGAUAAAUGGAAGGGGAAGUUUGAUGUCAAAUGGAUCUUUGUCAAAGACGUUCCCAAUAACCAACUGCGGCAUAUUCGCUUGGAAAACAAUGACAACAAACCGGUUACCAAUUCGAGAGACACUCAAGAGGUACCCCUAGAAAAAGCCAAGCAAGUGCUUAAAAUAAUUGCUACUUUCAAGCAUACCACCUCAAUCUUUGAUGACUUUGCACAUUAUGAGAAGCGUCAAGAGGAGGAGGAAGCCAUGCGUAGGGAGAGAAAUAGAAACAAACAAUAACUAUAUGGAGAUGUCCUGCUAGAAUUACAACACUAAUGAUGUAGACUCUGGAAAUGCCUAAUAUGUCUAAGAAGACGUUAUUAAAGCUUUUUUCUGCUUAAGGUGACAUCUUUGAACACUUUAACACAAAAUUGACUCUUCUUGUAAUGGUUCUCAUCAGUGCAUCUGCCCUUAUACUCUCUCACCAAACACACUUGAGAACUGUACCUUCGUCAAGCACUUUCUGUCCUGAAGCUUUUACCAGUAUCUGCUGUCUUUUGUAUUUAUGCAUCCUAGCUAAGGCACAGGAGACCGAACGAAUGCAAGGAUUCAUUAACUCUUUGAAUUUGUUAAAUACUAACAUUUAACCAUUAGAAGUGGUUCAAUGAUGUGAGAUUCACAUUGCUUCAACUUAAUUUUUUCUUUGUUGUAGUUUUUUUUUAAUUGUCAGUUUUUAGCUAUUCAACAGAUUAAAAGCAAAUCAUGCCAUAUUUAGUCCUGGAGUAAAACUCAAGUCUAAAUGUUCAUGUGAAAAUUAUUGUAGUAAUCUUUUAAUAUGGCAAAGCAACUUUAAGCUGCAGUUUAGCCAAAUGAAACGUAACAUAAAAUUAUAUUAGAAUGACAUUUCCCUUGUUUCAAACUGUUUGGUGUAAGAGAAUAUUAAUAUGCAGCUUGGUGGACACCACCAGUUAAUGCACAUUUCUUUAUUUUUUUUUCUGUAACAUGUAUUCUGAAAAAAGUGCAUUUGUCUGAGGAACUGUUUGUUUGCUACCACUCAAUGAAUCUCAGUUUUGAGUAAAUGUACCUCAGUCUAAAUCAGACUUUUUAUGACCUUUAUAACUACAUUUAAAGUAAUCUUUAAUUCCUAUUUCUGGGUGUUUGCAAGCCUGACAGAUUGCUAUCAUGAAAGUGAAAAUUUACUCCUCUAGGUGAUUCACUAGCUAAAUAAACAUAAUUCUUGUUUAGCAAGCA